CAGUUCGGGUCGGAUGUGACGCAAUGGUUGCUAGGCCCGAUCAUGUGAUGGUGUAAAUAGGGAGCCCGCGGCCUGCGCUCCUCUGGUUCCCACCAUGGGCUGUUGUUAUAGCAGUGAGGGCGACAGCAGUGAACAGGAUCGUGAGGAAGGAAAACCACUGCUUAUCCCUGUAGCCAACGCUGCCAGCAAAUCAUCAGGUGGCACUGAGCCCAACUAUCGCAGUAUUCCUUCUUCCCGUUUCCCAGAUGAACAAGCUCUUCUUAACACUAUUCUCAGCAAAACAGCACAUAACAUCAUUGAUGUGUCAGCAGCAGAUUCCCAGGGAAUGGAGCAGCAUGAGUACAUGGAUCGCGCACGACAGUACAGCACAAGGUUAGCAAUGAUCAGUGGAUCGACACAGUGUAAGCGAGUCACCUCCCUGCCAACGUUGACCAACCAACCACACCAGGUUCUGGCCAGUGAACCUGUACCCCCUUCAGACAUUCAGCAGAUUUCCAAAAUCGCUGCUUAUGCAUCAAGUGCUCUUUCCCAGAUCAAAGUGGAUGCCAAGGAAGAACUUGUGGUGCAAUUUGCGAUUCCCUGAUAACCUGACCUGCGCUGGCCAUGGUUCUGUGAAGACUUUAACAAUGGGACUAACUAUCCAAAGACGGCCCUAGAGACACCUUUGAUGCCAGUGGGCAUCUGCUCCCAUAAAUCACGCCCAGUUUUUUUUAAUGAAGCUCCUUGUGCUGUAAAUUUAGCCGAUUUGAUUUUUCAAGAUUGCGUGUUUUUUUUUGAGUAAGAUCUUUAGGUGGUUUAUAACAUGGGGAGAAUUUGAAAAACAGUUUACCUUCUUUUAACCACUCUCUCUCUAAUUUGGUUUCUGCUAUUCGCUGACACUGUAUAAUCUUCACCUUCACCUUGAGGGAUAGUGGGCGUUUCCUUUAUUAAGCAUUGCACCUGACAUUAACCCUUUGUUCCCUGAAAUAUACCCUUCUAUCAUGAGAUGUCCUUUGGCCUACUUUCCUGUGUUGAAGUACUAUUUUUAAGUUCUAAUAAUGGCCAUUUCUGGAGGAAAAACUGGUGAACUGUUGGUCAUGAAUAUGUUUAGAGUUGAUUUUCUUUUUAUAAAUGUUUGACCCUGGAGUGGGAAUGGGUUCAGUGCAUGUGUUGUGCUCAGGUUGUUGAGGCAAAUGUUACUAACGUGUUAAUGCAGGGACUAACCUGUCUGCUGCUACCACUCUUGCUUAUUUGCUUAAAGGAAGAUAUAUAUCGUGUUCGUGGGGGUUUGGAGGCAGAUUUUAACAAGCUAGUCGUCUGUUGUGUUACUGUCUCCAUGUUGCCCCAAGUGAGUUUUAUCUGAUGAGUUUAUUUCGUCUUAGCAAUGGGAUAAGGGAUCAACGUCCUCUCUUCUAACUGAGAGGGCAGGUGAUUUGAAGAGAGAUGGUGUUGGUUUGUGGGCAGGGCUUUCCACAAUGAACACCUUAUGUUGAUUUAUCACCACCAAAACCUCAUUCCAGAGCUAUGCAGGCAACAACUAAAUGCCACAAAUUUGGUGGGAAGCUAUCAGAAGCUGAACUUGGGGACAUUUUUCUGAGGAUUGCUGACGUUACACACUUGCCCACCAUCUGUCCUCACUGAAAUCCUGUUGGUAAUUACAAACUUGCAUCCAAAUGUCAUCCAAAAAUAGUCAACUUGCCCCAUUCAUGCUAAUUAGCUGUGAAUCCAAACCUUCUCCUUGGAGUUUGAUUAAAAAUGAGUAGAUAAUGUCUUUUAGGGGCUUACAGGUUUAAAAAAAAAAUCCUGUUGAGGGGAUUGUGUUUAAAUCUUACGUAAACAAUACACAUCUGGCUGGCUGAUGGCCUACACAUGCGUGAGCCUAAUCUUUUUCUUCCCUGGAAUUCAAUUGAAAAUAAUUAUUAUUAUUUUAACUAAUUUUAAUUUAGUUUGGAGGAUGAUGUUUCACAGAUCCAGCAACCAUGCUUUAACUGUUUGCUGUCUGUGGUUUCUGGGAGAGAAUCACUGUUUUGGAAGGUAUUUUUAAUUUACUGGAUUAAUUGCUACCUGAUUUACUUUAACUCUAUUUCUGAAGACUUAAAUUGCGAUAUUAUGGUGACGAAUAUAGCACUGUUACACGGCUGCUGCUCAUCCCCAAAUCCCAUUUUGUUUCCCUUCACUUUGAUAGUGAGGUAUAGAUUUGUACCAGUGUUUGAUUAUGUGGGUGUUAUGCCCUAUUUACUCACCAUAUCCCUUUAUUAUGUCACAUAGCAUACCACUUACUGCCAAUCAUUCUUAUUUUUAUUUUUUCUCACCCGCCCCAUUUUCACAGAUUGGCUAAAAUCCAGGCAUUUUAAUUUACAGUUGACCCAGGAUCCAAGUUGUAAACAGCUCAAGGCUCAACUUCUCUCAGAGGUGCGGUGGUGUUGGUUUUUCCUUGCAGUGUUACUGUUCUAACGGUUCCUGCUGAUGGUGUAUGCUGUGGAUGAAAGGGUAUGUGAAAUUCAGCUGUUCACUGUCGUGACUGAAACUCUCUUUCUAGAAACUCUUAGAAUUCACAUACUGAGAGAUGUUCAGUUCCACCUGUCCUCUACUUGAGUCACUUCCUGCAGGAUAGCACACUUUAGACCAACUGGUUUAACAAUUUGAAUUCAAACCAGAUUCAGGUAACAGCCCUUUACUUGAACAUUUUUCUCCCCCAGCCCUUCCCCUCACCUGUAUCUUCAGUCAUUUCCAGCCGUUUAAUCUCUUGGGCUAUCACUUUCUCAUUUCCACAUUAUCCCUUCCUCUCUAACUGAGGCACUCAUUCACACUUCAACUGACCUCCACGCUGGGGCUGGUCUGUUUGCAUUGUGUUUUAGGCAAAAAAAACUUCAUAAAGUGGAACUUAAGAUUUUCUUUUCUCUGCCUACAGUGCAGAUAUUGUCUGUGUAGAAACAGCAGCUCAUGCAGUAAAAUCUACUUGUGUCUCCUAUUGAUUUCAUGAUGGAAAUGAUGUGAUUUUUUUAAAAAAUGGGAAUAAAAUCAGAUUUGACCCUGUGCUUCA